AAUGAAGCCCUAAGUUUUAAUUUGAGACAACUCUUAUAACAUUGUUUUUUUUAAUUUUCUUCUCAGUUACAUUCGAAACAUUUCGAGGACAACAUCCCUUAAAUUGCUCUCAAGUUAAAAACCCUUUCUUAAUUUUCUUCUUAGUUUCAUCAUCGUCGGCCAUGGCUGACCCGUUUAGAUCGAGAGAAGGAUUAAGCACGAGGUCGGCAGCGUAUGGUGGCAGCUCGGACGAGGUUCAGGUGCGGAUCGAUCCGGAUUUCGAUGAGGAGGUCACCGGUCUUCGAAAGCACGUCCGACGGCUACGUGAUGUAGCUCAAGAAAUUGAGACAGAAGCAAAGUCUCAAAAUGAUUUCCUCAAUCAGCUGCAAAUGACGUUGAUCAAAGCUCAGGCAGGAGUGAAAAACAACAUGAGGAGACUGAAUAAGAGCAUCAUCUGGGAAGGCUCUAGCCAUGUCAUGCACAUUGUUCUUUUCGCGCUGCUGUUGUUCUUUGUCGUUUACUUGUGGUCCAAAUUUUCCAAAUGAUUAGAGGUUAUAGGCCAUGUUUUGUUGUGCUUCAACACUACUAAUAUGUUGAGUUACAAAGCCGUAAAUUGUCAGGUAAUGAAAGUCCUCAUCUGAUGCUUGUAAAUAACUUCCUUCUUGGCGAAGUAGAAACUGCUUUAAAGUUCGACCUUCUUUUCACCUUGUUACUAUAAAUUAGGAUGGUUAAAGAUUGUGCAUUUUACAUAUACCUAGAUAUUUUUUACCCGAAAUUCCGUGGCAAGGUUUGCGUAGAUUCUACUGCUUGGAUACUGGUUUUAGUUUUAGCGCAUUUUUCUUGAAGGUCUUGCUUGCGCCAUCUAUAGUUGUGUGUAUCGACUUUAUUCAUUUGAUAUUUCCAUUACUAAGAUCAACAGAGAUCAGAGAUUUAUAACCGAAGUACUGUGUAUAGAAUAUGUUCAUGGUUGUUGGGAAUGAAUAUGCUGUAAAGUUUAUGUGUGAUCAGAUUUUUCG